ACGACGACAGUGGAGGUGGAUCCCGGUCCCCCGAAGAGUAGUUUACCAGUGAAAUCAGUGAAUACGAUCGUGUCGAGAGAGUGUGCGUCGUGUGGAAUAAAUUACCAUAAUGAUUCUCGAUGAAUGGAUUGUGUAAGACAGGGAAGGAAAAACGAAAAACAGCUUUGUGAUCACAGGUGCUGGAAAAUAGUGUCUGUGGAAUCUGGGAAAGGUGCAUUUGUCUGAGGAAAGGCAAAUCAGUGAAUGAAAAUGUCUUGAAAAUGAGGAUUAGCGAAAACGAAUGUGAAUCAAAUACGUAGCGACGGGGUGACAAAGGAAGAAAAAAGGAAAAAAAAACAGGGGCGACGUUCUGUCUAUCCUGGUAGAGGAAAUCGAAUUACCCAAAGGGGGAGGAAUACCACCGAGCAGUCAAUACGGCUCGGUUGUAGAAGCUGGCAGGCAGGCUGCCAGAAUUGGGAUAGGCUUUUGCUUAGCAUAAGGAAAGCAGCGUUCGAAAGGAAAACAGCCAACGGUGCAGCAAAACAAAACAUGGCUGCUGAACGGGACUACAUCGGUUUCGCGACCCUAGCCGAACAGGUGCACCGCAAAUCGGUCAAGCGUGGUUUCGAGUUCACGCUGAUGGUCUGCGGCGAGAGUGGCCUGGGAAAGUCGACGCUGAUCAACAGUCUCUUCCUGACGGACCUGUACCAGAACCGAACGGUCUCGCAGGUCGAGGAGCGCACGGAGAAAACGACCAAAAUCGAUAAGAAGACGCUGGACAUUGAGGAGAAGGGCGUCAAACUACGGUUGACCAUAGUGGACACGCCCGGAUUCGGCGAUUCGAUCAACUGCGAAGAUAGCUGGCGAGUAUGUACGCAGUACAUAGACGAACAGUUCCGACAGUACUUCACCGACGAAAGCGGGCUCAACCGGCGGAACAUCCAGGAUAAUCGUGUUCAUUGUUUGCUCUACUUUGUGCCACCUUGGGGACAUGGUCUCCGACAGAUGGACAUCGACUUGAUGCGGCGGAUGCACAAGAAGGUCAACAUCGUGAUAGUGAUCGGCAAGGCGGACACGUUGACGACCACGGAAGUGCAACGACUAAAGACCCGCGUCCUCGAGGACAUCGAAUCCAACGGCCUGCAGAUCUAUCAGUUUCCCGAAUGCGAUUCGGACGAAGACGAAGAAUUCAAGCAGCAGGACCGUGAACUGAAGGCCAGCAUUCCAUUCGCCGUAGUGGGGAGCAAUGUCGUGCUCGAGGUAGCCGGCAAGAAGAUUCGGGGGCGUCAGUAUCCCUGGGGAGUUGUGGAUGCGGAGAACCCACAGCACAGUGACCUCAUCAAGCUGCGUACGAUGCUGAUAUCGACGCACAUGCAGGACUUGAAGGACACGACCCGCGAUGUACAUUACGAGAACUUCCGAGCCCAGUGCAUUUCGCAGAUUUCGCAGCACGCGCUGCGGGAGCGCAACAAGCUGAAACGGGAAUCGAUCGCUUCCAGUCACGAAUCCAGUAGCUUUAACGACACCGACCGGUUGCUGCAACAGAAGGAAGAGGAAAUCCGACGAAUGCAGGACAUGCUCGCUCAGAUGCAGGAGAAGCUGAAAUCGACUCACGUGAACGACACAGUAAUCGACGUCUAGAUGAUGUUCCAACGCCAUCGUAUUCCCUUUUUGAUAAACACGCGCAAUUUUUAGGUGGAAUUUUUUGUUAUAGAUUAAGGCCUGUCUCGAUCUAAACGUGACCCUCAGACACAUUGCUCGGAAAUUUUCUGGGCUUUUUCAAAUUUCUGAAAUUGGCUCAACUGACCCCAACCUCGAAUAUUCAAAAUGAGACACCAGAAUUGAUAAAGUUGCUACUACGUCUGUUAAUCGCAUUAGAAGUUUCAUCGCAUACCCUAUACUCACAAACCAUCUCCUCCUUAUCAUCAAAAGCAAGCAUAACACUUAAUCGAUGUCUAACUGUAAUUGUAGCGAAAAUGUACUCAAUUUCCAUACGAUAAAUAGGACUCUAUACAUAGCCGUAACGGAAAAUGCAAAACUAGUAAUUAAUUAUUAAACAUGACCAAAGAACACAAUCAAUCACAAACAAUAGACACAGUUAACUCUCAAAACAUGGAAACCACCAAAAAAAAGUUGACCUACUGAGGCAGAUACAACAAACGAAAACAAAAAAAAAUCGUGCAAUAAGAAGAUAGGGAGCGGACCGAGCAAAAUUUAGUCAGUCGUGCGAGAGUUGACGAUCAUUUGAGAAAAUACAAAAUCGGAAAAAUUGUUUCAAACAAUCGGUUUAAGCUGUUACUUUUGUAGUACAUAGUGGUAGGGCGUCCGCUGUAUUUUACAAACCCAGUGAAUGUAAAAAGUGACGAAACCAACAACCAUCAGUGAAAUUUUGAGAAGCUAUAUUUAUAAUUGUUUGCUCUUACAAAUGUUUAUUUCUACAAACUACAAUCUAGGUUUAAUUAUUCAGAAGAAUAUUUAUUUUUACGCAACAAGAAUCAGUUCGCGCUAGCUCAUGAAUCUGAACCUAUUUAUUUAAUCUGAGAAAAAUCGACUACCGAACCCGUUCGCAGUGCAGCAACGAGGUUAAACUUAUUAUAACCGGAGGCAGUAGUAGUGUAUUCGAUACGUUCCGUCGGAAGGCGUACUUUCUUCCAGCGGCGGACAUAGUGAAUCCAGUUUCAAAAUGACAAAUUACAGUGCAACCACCUUACAAGUAUUGCUAGAAUGUCUAUAGAUAUUUCAAUAAAGUUUAAUUUUAAAACAUUGAA